AUGCCGACGGGUGGUCAAAAGCGCAAACGCCCUAGCAAAAGGGCCCGCGAUCGUCAACGCCGCCGGGUGGAAGACGCCGUGAACGAGGCCGUUCCGGAACUUCAGGCUGCUCCUGCGGUGCUAGACGAAUCCGUACCACCGACGCCAAUUGUUCAUGUUCCGGGACACUGCGAUUACCCAAGUUCUUCCGGGAUCCUCGCAUUCCUUUUCCAGCCACACAGGUGGACGAAUUCUCCUUUUCCGAGGUACCUACCGCGCCACUCGCCUCCUCGACACCCAGGUUAUUUUUCAAACUCCGGGCCAACCCGCGCUUCCGGCUAUUCACCGAACAGUUUGAUUCAACCGCCUGUUCAAGAAUUGCCUCCUCCGGCAACCGGGUUCGUUUGCGCACCUCUUCCUCCGUUGAAACUCGCGUCGGGUCCCAUAGAUCGUUCAGGCAUUUACGAUGAUACCCAACCUCGUCCUUCUGUAAUAACCGUUCCAUCUACUACGGGAAAAUACCUAAUAACGUGUCCGACAUCCACCCGACGAUCGAACCCCGUCUUCCAAGGUCCGGUCGUGACCACCGCCUCUCCAAUCGCCGGCCCUUCCGGCCUUUACAAUUAUCUAGUACCACACACUCCGGAGGGACCUCUUCCCCCCCCGGGUAAAUGGUACGAACACACUGCACCUCCCACUACCCCGGAAGGUUUCGCAGUCCCAGCCGCCGCUAGUAGCUCCGGCGACAGUCUGUCUCUAGCGGCCGACGGCACCCCCGAAUCUUUCUCGUCAUCACUAACUUCAUUCUUGACGCCCCCACCUCCAAAAAGGGGCCGCGUCGAUCAACCGUCUUCCUACCCGCGUCGUAAUCUCGGGUUCUAA